AUGUUGGGUUGCUGCAUCCCUCGCGAUCCGUCAAAGCAUACGAAUAAAAUAAUAAAUGAAGCAUUGGAACGUGAAAGAAAAGAACUGAAUGCCGAAUCGAAGUUACUAUUACUCGCGAGAAAAGAUCUUGAGAAGGUGAAUAUUCAUACGCGCGGGAGAAUCCGGAAAGAGCACAGUGGUGAAGCAAAUGAAGAUUAUCUUUAA